GCACUACUUCCGCCCUCACUUCCUGCAGUCUGCUGUGCUGCUGCUGGCCCGUGAACAUGGCGACCGCCGGAGCUGCUGACGACUGGAAGAAGGAGCUCACAUGUGCGAUCUGUUUGGAUUAUUUCAAGGACCCCGUCAUCCUGAAGUGCGGCCACAACUUCUGUCGCUUCUGCAUCUGCAUGCACUGGGACGAAAAUGGCGGAGACUACGGUUACCAGUGCCCCCAGUGCCGAACGGUGUUCAACAAGAGGACCUUCACUAAAAACUACCUGGUGCAGAACCUGGUGGCCAAACUGGACGACCUGGAGUGUCUGGGGUCCAGUUCUUCACCCCCUCAGCCCGUCAAAGUUGAUGGGAAGUGUGAACAACAUGGAGAAGAGCUGAAACUCUAUUGCCAGACUGACAAAAGGCUUAUCUGUGUUGUGUGCCGGGAAUCUAGAGCACACAGACACCAUGAGGUGGCACCAGUGCCAGAAGUUGCAAAUGAUAUGAGGAUGGAGUUAAAGCAGAGGCUAAUGGAGCUCAACUGGGAGAAGUCUCUGUGUAUGGACGUUAUAACAGCUGAAGCGCUAAACAAAGAUGAAGCACUGGUCAACAAACGGAGAAUCAAGGAGAAGAUUGAGGCAGAUAUCGGUGCCAUGGUCCAGUUCCUGCUAGAUGAGCGAGACUCCCUGCUCGAGGGCCUGGAUGGUCAGGCGGAGGCCGCCGUGUCACUGUUGGAUGAAAACUUGAAUACACUGAAGGAAGAAGGGACAGCUUUGGACAAAAUCAUAGCGGAUAUCCACAGCCACAUCGGUGGGAAAACGAGCUUUGAGAGCCUUGCUGAGACAUGGAAUGAAGUCGCCCACCGAGACCCUCCGCUUACCCCCGCAGUUCUUGGUGUGAAUACUGGAUAUCCAAAAUACUCAGGGCCCAUCCAGCUUAUCUUGUGGAAGAAGAUGAUGCAUGUUCUGCACACCAUGCCUCAGAACCUCACUUUGGACCCCGACACCGCUCACCCAUACCUGAUCAUCUCAGACUUUGACACCAAAGUGGAGGAGGGCCAUGUUCGUAACCAGGACCCAGAGACGCCCGGCCGCUUCAGCCGCUUCUGUGGCGUGCUGGCCAUAGCCCAGUACUCCAGUGGCCAGCACUACUGGGAGGUGGAUGUGAGGGACAAAGGCGUGUGGUACCUGGGAGUCACCACUCAGAGCAGCAACAGGAAGGGCUUUGUCAACCUCACACCCUCCGCAGGAUACUGGAGUCUGUGUCUGCAGGACCGGCUGUACGCCAACGAUGAAGACGGACGCAUCCCGGUGGCAGACUACUGGGACUCUCCCCGGGUCGGUGUCUUUCUAGACUACGACAAAGGGCGCCUUAGCUUCUACGACGGCGUCACAAUGAAGAGACUUUACAUGUUUGACACCUGCUUUGAGGAAGCAGUCAGCCCUUUCUUCAGCCCAGGGAAAAACGAUCCAGGCAGCAGGCUGCAGAUAUGCCACUAUUACUGAGAGAGCUGCAGCGAGGCUUUUAAAUGAAUUGUUUAAGCGUCAAUUCGUGUACGCCUGUGUUUCCAGAUUUGCUGUUGGCAAGUUGCAAAGGUUUAGACACACACUGUAGGCUCAUAACCCUGACUACUGUGGCUGGGUGUUAGGAGAGGUGCUUUGUUGUCUAUAUCACUGUGUCUUUUGGGAUACAGAUGCUCCUGUUGAUUGGAGCACGGCUCCGAUCCUGUUAGCAACCGCUAUGCUACAUUAUUGUACAUAAACGUUUUUGUUGGACAGGGUCCGAGCUCCGGCCUUGUUGGUUAGACCUGUAAGGAAACAUGGCCUCGUUAUCACAUUGAUACUUGUUGACUCCCUCAUUAGUUCUAGACUGAAGAACAGUCGGAGCUGAUGACCACCAGAUUUCAGUGACUCGAUUUGGUCACAAUCUCAGCUCUCGGACACUGAUUUGACUUCCAGAAACUAAUGGCUCAGGUUGUUUCGUGGAUUUUAACUCCAGUACAGAUAAUUUUAUCUUUUAAAACUUUACCUGUCCUUAUUUUUUUUUUAUAAUUCUGUACAUUCUCUUAUGACUGUUGCAAAUUUCUCUUUAUAAUUGCUCUGAGGGUUUGUGAGCAGAUAUACGAACAAUACAAUUGGCUUUGUUGGAGUUUUUCCACUGGAUCUGCUCGAAAGUGAGCAAGUGCAAAGCCAAUAUUUUCAAAUAUUCUUGUGACCAAUUAUUAGCCAUCAUUAAUGUAGUUAAUCAGCUACAUAUGCCCGUACAUAUUUAAGUGGUCGAACCCGUAGAUAUGUCUUACUGUAUAAAAACAUUCCAUCACAUCCAUGAGCCGCAACAGCGUUUAUUUUAUAUUCCGUUAAAUAAUCCUGCUUCAGUUGUUUUGACGAGUUGGCCAUUUUAUUCAAAUUGAAUGUAAAAUACUUGUAUUUGGACAGUUGUAUAAAUAUUUGUCCUUUCUCUCUUAAAUGUACGUUUUACAUAUUUUCUUGCUUGUGCAGUUUGCCAAAGCUUUUAUUGCAGGGCAGAGUAGAAACAUUUAACAGGAUCAGUGAUAAAAUUUGAGACGGCGUGCCAUCGAUCUCAAGAUGCUUGUUUUUUGUUUGUUUUGUCUAAGAUGGUGAACAUCAUUUCAUACCUGUACAUUACAUUUGGUUGCUUUUCUCAUCCAUGUGUACAGCGAAGCAGUUUUUGAGACGUCUUGACAAAUGACAUAAAAAAUGAUCUUGUUA